UUAUUUUUUUCUAUAAAGUUCUCAGAAUCUCUCUCCCUAUUCGUCAUUGUUGCGCCAAACGCUUUGUUUUCUACUUUGCCGUGUUGGUCUUGCUAAUAUCGCCCCUAAAUUGUCUCAAUCUCGGUCAAUUUAGGGUUUUCUUCUCAUCUAAUCGACACUCUUGUUUCAGUCUUUUGGGGUUUCUGGUUUUAAUCUGGUUUUGCUGAUGAAUUAAGUAGUCAUGGAGUACUAUAGCGAUUACUCUGACAGUGAUCCUGAUGCCAACGAUGGACCGGAGCUCUUCGAAGCCGACGACCGCAGUGUUAAUCGUGAGGACCGAAAACCCUAUAGAAUCUUGAAAGAAUCUGAGAUACGACUACACAUGGAGGAUGAUAUCAAAGACGUAUCGGCCGUCCUUUCUGUCUCGGAAGUUGAGGCGAGUGUCAUACUUCGGAACUAUAAUUGGAGUGUGAACAGAGUGUACGAUGCCUGGUUUUCAGAUGAAUCAGACGUUCGUGGUAGAGUAGGAUUGCUGGAAAAUUGUAUGGCAGUCGAUCGAUUCGUGUCAAAGUUUGUGGAUUGUGGGGUUUGCUUUGAAUCCUGCCGUCGUGAUCGGAUCAAGUCGGCGGCUUGUGACCAUCCUUAUUGUGUUGAAUGCUGGUCUGGCUACAUUGAAGCGUGCGUUGGUAACGGGUCAGGGUGCUUGACUAUGAGGUGCCCUGAACCAUCUUGCUCUGCCGCUGUGGGUGACGAUAUGAUCAAUGCUUUGGCAUCUGAGGAAGCUAAAGAUAAGUAUUAUCAUUACCUUUUUAGAUCAUACAUAGAGAACAGCAAGACUAGAAAGUGGUGUCCUGCUCCAAAUUGUGGUUAUGCUUUUGAAUUUGUUGGUGGUGAUGGAGGCUCUGAAAUUACCUGCCUCUGCUCUCAUAAAUUUUGCUGGAAUUGUAACCAGAAUGCCCACCGUCCUGUCGAUUGUGAAACUGUGGUGAAAUGGGUGGCUAAGUCAGGCACAGAAAAUGCGAAUUGGGUGUUAGUGCAUACAAAACCAUGUCCUAAGUGCAAGCGAAAUAUAGAGAAAAACAUGGGGUGUAUGCACAUGACUUGUAGACCACCCUGCAAUCAUCAGUUUUGCUGGAUGUGCAUGAAGGACUGGUUUAACCAUGGUAACUGCAAUCGCUAUGAGGACAAAAAGGAUACACAACUGAGAGAGGAGGCCAAGAAAGAACUGGAAAAAUAUAAUCAUUAUUUUGAACGUUAUUCCGCCAAUGAAGUGUCUCAGAGAAAAGCUACAGAAGCAAUGAAAGAAAUUGAAACCAAUCAUAUUGUGACUCUUAGUGAUAUUCAGGGAGAACCCGAGACUCGCCUCAACUUCUUAAUUGAUGCCUGGAAACAGAUCAUUGAAUGCAGGCGAGUGUUGAAAUGGACUUAUGCAUAUGGGUACUACUUGCCUCCGCAUCAGCGCCCUAUGAGACAACUCUUUGAAUACUUGCAAGGAGAAGCAGAGUCGGGAUUGGAAAGGCUACAUUCUUGUGCAGAGAGAGAAGUACAACAGUUUCUUGUUGCAGAUCAACGCUCUGAAGAAUUCAUUCCAUUCCGAGUAAAGCUCAUUGGAUUGACAGAAGUGACUCGAAAUUUCUUUGAGAAUUUGGUUAGAGCCAUAGAGGAUGGGCUAUCAGAUGUGGCUUCCGAGGGUUGUAGCUCGGUUGUCGGUUCUCAAGAGGCUGGGGUGGAUUCUCAAGGGUCUGGGGUGGAGUCGAAGAGGCGUAAUAUAACAGCAUUGGAUGGUUGUUCUCAAAGUGCUGGCAGGGGCAUCAAGAGACGCAAAUGAUAGCAUCCAUUGAUUACAUAUCUUAGUGCCAUGCCAUGAACUUAAAGAUCAGGGGUUUCUCAGUUGAAGAAGAUUUUCCUGGGUACUGUUAUGUGUGUGACAUGGAGCGAUAGGAAACAUGCUUCUUGUGAGUAGAAAACCUACUGUAUUACCUAUGGCUAACUGUUUUUUCUACUCCCCCAGUCCCCCUUCUACUAGAAUAAAAUAAUACUUAUUUCUCAGCUUACAUUUUCAGCUUACACGAUCUCUGAUUUCUAAAAGUAAGUAAUUGUUUUA